UUUCCCCGCAGAAGUAUUUGGCCGAAUUUAACGGAAAAUUCCCCUGCCCACCCCAGCGCCGGCUGUGUAGACCCGCCCCCAGCGCCGGCUGCGUAGACCUGGCCCCGGGUCCCUGCCUCUCGCCCAGUGCCGGACAGCGGCCAAGGUGCCCCGGCGCAUCCCGGGCUGACCCGGGCCCGGGAGGCUGCGCUCGCUGCUCGGGAGUCGCCGCACGAGCGCGGGGGAUCCAAAGAGACACCUCCAAAACAUUUGGGGGCUCCCAAAAUGGUCAGACCUGCACCUAGCCUGGCAGGAAGACUGUAAUCGUGGGGUUUCAGCCACUUACCCAGGCAAUAUGAGGAUUUUAUUUGUAGAACCUGCCAUUUUCCUUAGUGCCUUCGCUAUGACUUUGACGCCGCCACUGACGACCCAGUAUGUGUAUAGGAGAAUAUGGGAAGAAACGAGCAAUUACAGUAUUGCUAUCAAUAGCAAUAUUUCUCAGUGUGAAGAAAACAAAAGCAGCCCCAUUUUUGUAUUGCAGGAGGAAGUUCAGAAAAAAACGUCUCUUUUUAGCCUGCAGAUGGACAUGAGUGGGCUAAUCCCCGGCCUGGUAUCUACGUUCAUAUUUUUGUCCCAUAGUGAUCAUCACGGAAGAAAACUCCCUUUGAUUUUGUCUUCUGUUGGAGCUCUUGCCACCAGCAUUUGGCUCUGUUUGCUUUCCUAUUUUGCCUUACCAUUCCAGCUUUUGAUUGCAUCCACCUUCCUUGGUGCACUCUGCGGCAAUUAUACUACGUUUUUUGGAGGCUGCUUUGCCUAUAUAGUUGAUCAAUGUAAAGAAGAGAAGCAGAAAACUAUUCGAAUAGCUAUAAUUGACUUAAUUCUUGGCCUCGUUGCUGGGUUAACGGGACUGUCUUCUGGCUAUUUUAUUCGAGAACUAGGUUUUGUGUGGUCAUAUUUCAUUAUUACUCUGGUUAUGGCAGUCAACUUGAUCUAUAUUUUAUUUUUUCUUGGCAAUCCAAAGAAAGAAUCUUCAUCUCAGAAUGUUCCUGUAUCAUGUAGUGAAAGCUUUAAGAACCUAUUUUACAGAACUUACAUGCUGUUCAAAAAUACUUCCAGGAAGCGGCGGGUUUUGCUCUGUUUGUUACUUUUUACAAUGGUCACUUAUUUUUUUGUGGUGAGUGGCGUCUCCCCAAUUUUUAUCCUUUAUGAAUUGGAUUCCCCGCUCUGCUGGAAUGAAGUUCUUAUAGGUUACGGGUCAGCUUUGGGCAGCAUCUCCUUUUUGAGUAGUUUCCUGGGAAUCUGGAUUUUUUCAUGCUGUCUGGAUGAUAUCCACAUAGCCUUCAUUGGGAUUUUGACCACCAUGUCUGGGAUGGCAGUGACUGCUUUUGCCAGAACAACCCUGAUGAUGCUUUUAGUGAGGCUGCUGUUCCUUUUUACUAUUGUUCCGUUCUCUGUUCUACGGUCCAUGUUGUCAAAAGUGGUUCGUUCUACUGAACAAGGUACCCUGUUUGCUUGUAUUGCUUUCUUAGAGACACUGGGUGGAGUCAUUGCGGUGUCUACUUUUAAUGGAAUUUAUUCAGCCACUGUUGCGUGGUACCCUGGCUUCACUUUUCUGCUAUCUGCUGGUCUAUUACUAAUUCCAGCCAUCAGUCUAUGUGUUGUCAGGUGCACCAAGUGGAAUGAGGAAGGCUAUGCACUUCUUAUACAAGAAGAUUCCAGGGAAGAUACUGCAGAUGGAUGAUGACUUGGAUUAAAAAAAAAACUAAAUGCACACAUCAUAUACUCUGACUUCUGAAGAAUAUGAACUAACCCAAUGAUUAACACUUCAUUAACACCCAGCUCUGAGCCUCUGCAUCUUUCAGUGCCAUGCACUUGAGGCACUUUGUGAAUCUCGUGAGGUAUUUUGAGUACAUAGAAGAGCAAAUCUGCAAACCCUUCCCACUUUUGGGCUCAGAAAUGGAAACUUAAGGGUUAAGAAACUCGGUAAGGUCAAAAGCAAUAAUCUCUUUUGACAUACUCAUCUCAUCGAGUCCAAGGAGAACUCUUUACCUCAGCUUUGUCAUCUGCAAAAUGGAUUACGGGCCUCUCUCUCUCAGGGAUUUUAAGGGGUAUAACUAAUAGGAAAUUACGAUGAAUCACUCACUGAUAGAGAAAUAAUGAGAAGUUUCAAAUAUUUAAAUUAGAAUUUACCUGAACUUGAGUAAAGCUUUGUUUUAUGGAGCCCAUCAGGGUGCUGUGAAUAUUCAGUGCUUCUAAUGGAUACAAAAUCCUUUUCCUAAUGUUUCAUCAGUGACAAGCAUGAUAAUAUUUCUUUAUGUAAAACAGGGAUGACUGGAGAAAAAAAUAAGAUUAUAAAUAAAAUUGUUGCUAAAGAAACUUAAAA